AUGUCCUUCAGGAACAAUCUUGCCGAUCGCGCCUUCCAACGCUCCACUACCGACGAUAAUGGAAUCGAGAGCUCUAUGUCUUCGUUUGGUGGGGCCAGAAUACGCAUCUCUAACGAGCCAGAGCUACGCCGGCGGAUCAAAGAGCUGGAUGAGGGCGGUUGGGAGUGGCGAUUCUUAGCCUAUGCUGAAGAGGACAAAGGCCUUCUCGAAAGCUCUUCCCAAGCCGGCUCUCACUGCAGUUACGCUUACCUCGAAGCUAUCAGACACAAUCUCGGCAUCGCCAAAAUGGCUUGCCAGUUGGAAAUGGAUGCAGAAUAUGAAUUAAUAGAGGAUGUGAUCAUGGCUACUAAGAGCGAGCUGUCGCGUCUGCAGGAACACCCUGAGCUCUUUCCUAGCCAAGACAUCAGAGAGAAAUUCUGGCACAGUGUUCGGCUCAAGUGCAACGAGUCGGUGAAGUUCGUCAUAUCAGAGCAAGAGGCUCGUGAUCAUGCGCACGAAAUGUUCCAGGCUGUUAGUGUGGAAGUUGAAGAAAACACGCGCACUCCGGGAAGGGACAUGCAGCGAACGCCUUGGGAACAGUUCUUACACAACAGAGCACCAGGCGCUGAGGCGGAUCUCUCGAUGUUUGCGGAAGAAGGAAGCGUUCAAAUCAUUCCGAUGGCUGCAGCCAGGAUCCUGAUGGCAACUCUUGAAGAGCAUGCAGCCAUCAUUCGUGAUAUUGAAGCACAACGUGAGGACUUGAAACCAUACGCGCCAUCUUCCAGCAGCCAUCUCCACUUUUGCGGAUUGAAGCUUUCGCCUGACGGUCAUCUGCGCUUACGCAAGGUGUCAAACGACCUGUGCAAAACGACUCCCGCUGGUCCACUUGACGUUGGCAGACACGAAGACGUGAAUAGCCUAGAGACGCUGAAUCUAGAUUUCGCUGCGUUAAACCAACGGAGACCUCCCCUGCGUCCACGCAUGUGGAAUUGUGUUACCGUGGUAGUUCACGACCGACCAAACUAUGGUGUGGACUCGGAGCAACGCGAUGAAACAGUGGAAGAGAUGACGAGCAUGCUUAGUUAG